UACAUCCAGGAGCUAUGGAGGAAGAAGCAGUCCGACGUGAUGCGCUUUUUGCUGAGGGUCCGUUGCUGGCAAUACCGCCAGCUUUCUGCGCUGCACAGGGCUCCACGCCCCACCCGGUCUGAUAAAGCGCGAAGGCUGGGAUACAAGGCCAAGCAAGGUUAUGUCAUAUACAGGAUUCGUGUCCGCCGUGGUGGCCGAAAACGCCCAGUUCCUAAGGGUGCAGCUUACGGCAAGCCUGUCCAUCAUGGUGUUAACCAGCUAAAGUUUGCCAGAAGCCUUCAGUCUGUUGCUGAGGAGAGAGGUGGAUGGCAUUGGGCUUUGAGAGUCCUGAAUUCUUACUGGGUUGGUGAAGAUUCCACAUACAAGUUUUUUGAGGUUAUCCUCAUUGAUCCAUUCCAUAAAGCUAUCAGAAGGAACCCUGACACACAGUGGAUCACCAAACCAGUCCACAAGCACAGAGAGAUGCGUGGGCUGACAUCUGCUGGCCAUAAGAGCAGCGGCCUUGGAAAGGGCCACAAGUUCCACCACACUAUUGGUGGCUCUCGCCGUGCAGCCUGGAGAAGGCACAAUACUCUGCAGCUCCACCGUUACCGCUAAUACCGGUGAUGUUUGCAAAAAUUCAUACCCAAUAAACAAUUUAAGACCGUCAAAAAAAAAAAAAAAAAAA